AUGAAUUUAAUGGAUAGUCUGAGGCACGGAGGGAUCAGGCGUUGCAUCAGAGUAGGGAGUACCCAGGCGCCUCGUUCUUGCGUAACCUCUCUGUGUUAUGCGGCGCUCUCAGCCCGUCUGUCCACUGCGUCCAGUCAGUUACAGGGAACAUUCGGGCUGAACCUGAUCUGCACAUCUGGAAUCCAGCAUUGGGACGGCUCUGCUCUCCAGGGCCGGCGGAACAGCUCCGGCCGGCUUCAGUGGGAAUCCCAGUGUCAGUACCAACUGCGCCAUCUUCAGGACGGAGCCAGAAUUACGGCGCUAUUACCUCCGAGGCUAGAGGGUCACUGGAUCUCCACGAGCUGUGAAGUGCGUCCAGGGCCAGAGUUCCUCACCAGGUCCUACAUGUUCUACUCGAACCGCCUGUUUAAAGCCUACCAGUUCUACUACCAGGACCCUUCCUGCCGAGAACCCUUGUACUCCCUUCUCAUCAAAGGCAAGCUCCGCCUUCGCCAGGCAUCCUGGAUAACACGGGGGGCCACAGAGGCCAACUACCAUCUGCACAAGGUCGGCAUCGUCUUCCAUAGCCAGAGCGCCAUUCUGGAGAUAGCAGAACGCAUCAAUCAGACCGGUGGCAGAGGCUGUGGUAAAUUCCUUCCCCCAGGGAGGUCCUGGACUCCAGGGACUGUCUAUGAACUCCUGAGUGCCAAGGCAGAGAGGGACUGCACUGGGGCUCUGGGCUUUGCCAUGCAUGAGCUCAGCCUGAUCCGAGUGGAAAGGCAUUACAAGCUGCAGCAGAUGCCAGGCAAUAGGGUGGUGGAGGAGCUAUAUCUGGGUGACAUCCACACGGAAUGGUCAGAAAGGCUUCACUACAGACCCACCGGGUAUCAAAACCCACUGCAGAGUGCCAUGCAUCACUCGCACCCAUGCCCAGCUUGUGGAAUCAUCUACCGUUCAGAUGAACAUCAUCCCCCCAUCCUACCCCACAAGGCAAUGCUGCCCCUGAGACUCAGUGGCAGGUGGGUCAGCAUGAGGUGUGAGGUCCGACCUGCUGUACUCUUCCUCACCAGAUUCUUCACCUUCCAUGGGAAUAACCGGACAUGGGAAGGCUAUUAUCACCACUACUCUGACCCGGCUUGCCGACAGCCCACCUUCACUGUAUAUGCCUUUGGCCAUUACAACAAGGGUACCCUGUCUACCAAGGUCAGAGGCGGCUCUGAGCUAACGUUCAGGGUCACCCAGGCCCGUGUGACACCAAUGGAUCAGGUCACUGUGGCGAUGCUGAACUUCUCACACCCUGGCAGCUGUGGGGAUGCAGGGUCCUGGUCCCUUGGAACUGAGCAGGAUGUCACACCCACCAAUGGGUGCUUGCCACUAGGUAUCCAGCUCCCUCAUGUGGAGUUUGAACUCUUUAAGAUUGAACAAGACAUGAAAGGCCAAAGCCUGCUGUUUAUUGGAGAGAGGCCCACAGAUGGCUCCAACCCAGAUAUCCCAGAGAAGCGUCCUACUUCCUAUCAGGCUCCGCUGGUCCAAUGUGCUGGAGUGCCUGGUGUCUUUUCAAGACCACUUCAUCACAGUCAUCAGCCAGAAAAAUAUAGGAGUAGCAGGAACAGAGCAUCAAAAGUACAUUCCACGAGCAUCCUCCUUCUGAUCAUAGCCCUGACAUUUUUAAGGUGGGGCCUAAAUUGA